AUGAAGUCACCCGUCCACUUCAUCCUCCUCCUCCUCAUCUUCCUCCUCCUCACCCUCCCCGCCCUCGCCAACGACAACUGCAACGACUGCAGCAAAAACGGCGCCGAGCACUGCGCUCCAAGCGGCGGCAACCUCCUCGUCUGCAAGAACCACUGCUGGCAGCCCAAAUGGUCGUGCCGCAAAGGCGACCAGUGCAUUAUGAAACCCGGUCCCACAUGCGUUGCCAAUGGCAAAAUCUGCGAGAUCUGGAGUGGAGGAAGGGAUGAGGGAGUGUGCUAA